AGGAGAAAGAACUCUCCCGCACCACCAAUUGCAAGCAAGCUGGUGAGAGGCUCGCGCAGCCUAGCACGCCAUGAUUCGUCGUCAAAUACACUUGAUUUCCAUAGCCAAUCACUUGUGGAGAAAAGACGCCGGCCCCUGUUAACGUGAAUGACAAGGUGCUUCUUGUGAGGGGUGGAUAACCAAAAUCUCCUCAUGUUAUGGUCAUGGAACUGCAGACGACCCUCAGCGCAUAUGACCAGCAAGCACUUACUGGUUUGGUCCAGGCUCCCCUUGGUAACCUCUCUAUACCCGUUCAAGUUUCCCAGCUUUCCCAGCAGCAACUGCCCUUUCUUCAGCUAGCUCAAAACCAGCUUCAUGGCCAGCAGUUUAUGCUGCCGUUUAACCAAGGGCAGGCAAUCCAAAUACCUAUGCAGUCAAUGCAGCAGUUGCAGACCUUUCAAACACAAAGUGGCCAGUUCAUUCAACAGAUUCCUGUUCUGUGUGGUGAUGGACAACAAAUCUUUAUGCAGAUGCAGGCUAUGCCACAGCAGAUUUUUGUGCAACAAACACCUACACCUCAAGUUCAGGGUCAGGUAUUAGGGCAGUUCAUACAGACCGAGAAUGGGGGUUUUAUUUUUCAGCCAACCCUCAUAGACCCCUCUCAGCAACAGAUUAUACAGACCACAGUUCAUCCACAAAUGGAAUCAUUCACAAAUGGGGCAGCUCAGACAGUCCUGUGCAACAGUGGAGGUCAACAGAUUUCCAUUGAAGCACAACAGCAGGCUGUGAACCCAGUUAUUCAACUUCCAGUUCCACUUCAGACUAAUUCAUCUGGCACACAGACAACUGAUACAAGCUUGAUUAUUCCGUGUUCUACAAAUACUUCGGUCACCACUCCAGCACCAUCUAUGCCUGUACCAGCGCCACUCACUCCAACACCUACACCUUCUUCAACUCCAACUCCAGCCCAAACAUCUACAGUCCAGCGCAUUCCCAUUAUGGUAGAAGAUGCACGAGAAGAUGACAAGCCACUGUAUGUUAAUGCUAAACAAUAUCAUCGAAUUCUCAAGCGACGGCAAGCAAGAGCAAAGCUGGAGGCCUCUGGAAAAAUUCCAAAGCACAGAAGGAAAUACUUACAUGAAUCUCGACACAACCAUGCCUUGAAACGUAUGAGGGGUAUUGGUGGGCGGUUCUUCUCCAUUAAAGCGGAGCCAGACAAUGUGAAAGAGGAACCUAAUAGUCCACAAGAAUGACGCCCACCUUUCAAUCUAUGAAGACAAAAUGGCAACACUUGUUCCCAAGCAAAGGGAAUCUACUUUAUGGCAGCUUGUGUGAAAAACUUUGGAUGGAAGUGACCAUUUCAGACAAUGCAAUAGAACGAGGGAGAAAUAAGCCUCUAUGUCUGAAUGUGUAUAGCGUGCAGCCGUGUGAGAAUAAGUGAUAAGUGAGUGUGAUUGUUCCAUUCUGCAAACAUUGGACUUAAAUAUAUACAAUAGCAGUGGCAGUGUAUAGUUACACAGUUUCUUCACAGUUAAGACACUAGUAAUCAGAGCUUGUUCAUACAUUUCAUGAGGGUAUUUCUGGCCAAUUUAUAAGUCUUUCAAAUACCCAUUGAUGAUGUUAUAGUGAUUAUGGCUUCUACAUCAUCAUUAUUAUUAUAUGUUUGUGGAAUAUUUAGCUUUUCUUGCUGUUAAAUUUUUUUAACCAUUUGGAAAUUGCUAAUUAUUCUUAGAAAGCUGUUGUCUCACUUACAAGUUAGAUUCAAACUGUGAAUGUGGUUUAGGGUACCAAAACUUAGAAAACACAUAACUGGCCCUAUUCCUGGAAGCAGCUUGUCAUACAAAUGGAUGUGAAAACACUGGCUCCUUAAUUUUGUCAAUUGGCAUUUCUCUUACAUGUCUAAGUCUUAAGGAUUAGAAAAGGCAAUCAUAUGCAAAAACUAUUUGCUUUACUUUUACUGCUUUCUUAAAUUAGAGCAAGUUAAAUGACUGUUUCUUUCCUGCUGAAGAAAUAUUAGAUUUUGCUGUUUUAUGACUUUAUUGUCAUGCAUAGUUUCAGUUUUCAUCCCACAGAAUAUGUGCUGUGAGAAUUAAGUUGUAUGUUUGCUUUGUUGAGUGCAGGAUGUAUGGAAGUUUCUUUUUAUGUGUUCAUUAUAAUUUUGAUGUUAGAUCAUCUUUAUUGUGAUAAGUAAGACUAGUCCAUGACAUUAUCUGUUUUUUAUCAGUUUUUAUCAGUGUAAUUCCAGUUUUAUCUUGAAUGUAAUCUUUCGGAAAGGGAACAUGUUUGAGAGAUUGAGCCCAUGCAAACUAAAGAGACUGUGAAAAUGUGUGUCAUUAUAUGCAUAAGAGAUUUUAUUAAAGUACAAGUUUUUUUUUCUCCUCAAAGAAAAUUCAUGAAGACAAUGUCUGCCUUCAGCUGAGUUUAACUAACCUGCCUUGCUAUAUCAUUUUCAGUUAGACAAAGUCUUUGAACAAAUUUGAAGACUUCUACCCUCAUUAUCUGCAUAUUUAGUUGUUGCAUGUUUUAUUAUGAUGCACAUAUUUAUAGGCAACAUGAAAUCUUUUUUUUUUUUUUUUUGUCCCUCAACAAGAAUGUUUACCCAUUACAUAAUUUGUAUGUAUUUGUUUUGCCUUAUCAUUUGUUAUACGAAAAUUGAGGCUUUCUCGAAAACAUUUUCAUUUCUGCCCUUUUCGUGAGCAUUACUUGGUGCUGUAGUUUCCUUUGACAUCAGGGGCAGUCCAGUGGUGCAACAGUUAGCUCCCGUCACUAAUACAGUGAAGGUUGACUGUCAUGGGUUCUGCUCUCGUCUCGGGCAUGCUGUUCUUUCUCUGCAUGUAGCUUUUGUUUACAGGGCUGGUUACCUUGCCAUCAUUGCUGCCUCAGCAUAAAACACCAGUUCUUCCCCCCCUCCUUCCUUUUACUUUAUAAACCGUGUCAAAGGCUAUCCCAACUCAUGCUGCGAUAUGAUUCUCCACUGCCAGUGUUCAACUGAGUGAUACAGAUAAUGUCCAGUGUUUUGUAAUGCUCAGUGAGUUUUUGUUCUUACAUUUUUCAGGAAUAUUUCUGUCUUUGGAAAAUAGUUUGGGAAAGAUCUCUCCCUACACAACAACGCAACAUUAGCAAGUAAAUGAUUGAUUUUUUUAAAAGAUAGGCUCUCCCACUUUCUAAUGAUAAUCUUUCUUUCCCCGUCUUUUUUUUUUUUUUUAAAUUUUGGAUGCUAACUUCCUUAGUCAAUUAAUCUGUUGUAAAAACAAUUGUGUUAUUUGUUAUUACACAUUAUGCAUUGGCUUUUGCAUUGUAUCUUUCAGAAGCAGCCAACUUUUACUGGAUUUUUUUUUAAUUUAUGUGACAUACUGCUACUUCUAAUGUUUAAAAUAUUUCUACCCAUGUAAAAAGACACAUACCUAAUUUAUCAUACCAAGCAAAGUCAGAUUUUUUUUCUUCUUUCAAAAUAUGGAGAUGUCAGUCACAUCAUGAUGUCCUUGAUUAUCUGGGGUUCAUGAUAUUGUGACAUUUAUGUAUGAAUUGAUUGAAAAUCUCUUUUGGAUUUUCUAACAAUGAAUGUUUCUUGAAAAUUAACAAGGUUAUAUAUAUACAGCCCUUCUGGUAACUGCAUACUCACAGAUAGAUUAUAAUUAAGGUUUCUGGGUGCCUUGCUCUGAAAAGUAUGCGGAAUGUUGCAGCAUUAUAAAAGUCUGGCUGUUGAGCACGGUAAUUUAUGUUGUCUGCCCAUUAUUAUAGGUGUGUGCACACACAAACAUACUCUUUCUCUCUGCAUUGCAAGAAAGUACUUUUUAAAAAAAUGCUGUACAUCUUCCUGCUACACAAGAGUGAAUUCUCUUGACUUUGUCAACUGCUGUCAUUUUCUGACAUUUUUUUUUUAAAAAAAAGACAGCUAAUAUCCAGUAUCUUUCAUGAGAUUGUCUACCUUGCCGUAUUUUUCAUGUUUAUAUAUAUCAAUGCUGUGGCAAUGUAUUUUAUAGACUUUACCAUAUAAAAAAAAAAACGUUGCUCUUUUUGCUAGAAAAAAUAUAAAGCACUUAGUGAAUUUUAGUUUUAAAACAUUAUCAUUUUGCUUUGUUGUUGGCAGAGGUUCUUUCCUUAAAGAUGACUUUGUAUUUGUCCCACCCUUGGUAUAAGAAUACAAGGAAGCCAGUACAGGCGGUCCUCGGGUUACGUCAGCCCCGAGUUACAAUGUUUUGUGGUUACAACACAUCUCCCAUUUACUGUAUAAAGCCUUGUUUCGACUUAAGUGGUUUUGUGUCGUAACGCGAACUUUGUGUUAUUCCUGUUUCACUUCAUUAUUAAACAUAUUUUAUAUGUUUUGUUAGGAUAGAUGUUAGAUAGGAUAAGUGCUUACAGUAUUUUAUUUAUGUACAGUAUGUACGUAUGUUCCGACUUACAGCAAAAAUCGGUUUACGACGCGACGUAGGAAUGGAACAACGUCGUAAGUCGAGGACCGCCUGUAUAUGGUAGACCAAGGAAUUAGUGUGACCAUAUUAGAAAGCAAGCUAAGUGCCUGCAUAUGCAGGACCAAGGAAGAAGUGAAACUUAUUAGAAGCUGUUCAAUUUCCGUUUUAUCUGUUAGAAAAAAAAGUACCAUGAUUCAGCAUUAUUACCUCAAAAUUAUUUUAACACUUUCUAGUCACAUUUUAUUUUUUAAAAAUGUUUCCCCUUAAGGAUGGGGUGAGAGCAACUGACAAACUUUACACAUUGCCUAUAUCCGGUAAUUUCCAGUACUACUUGGGUUUUGGCCAGUAUUCUACCUCUAGUUCUAGAUGAUUAUUUUUACCUAAUAACUGCAGUUAUAGAAAAGCGGAGAAAAGAGAUAAACAAAAGCUGCCUGUACUUACCAUUAUUGUCAUCAUCAUUUCAGCUUUUUAUUUCAUGUGCAUUAUUUAUCUUGGCUCAUUUAUGAGUAAUGUAUUUUUGCAAAUGAAAGAUUGCCAAAAAUAAAGGUUCUUUGAAUGAUG